CUACACUGUCGAAACAAGUACCAUCUAAUGACGAGAUCCACCAGAUGACGGUCGUGAUUCAUUGAUUUUACUGCCACGUGUAAAACAAAGGGCCCAACGUACAUCCCAGUUCAACGGUCUCUACCCUAUCAUUUCCCGCGAAUUCAAUGCUGCAAGAGGCGAUGUGCAGGACGGAUCAUGCUCUGCUCGUGGGCUGCAGCAGCAGCAGAAGAAGAAGAACGAUGGCGGACGACAGUGUUCUUCGAUAUUCUUUGGUGUUAUUGGGCGCGGUGGUGUUGGGGAUCGGAAUGUGCACCUUAUCGUUCACGAAGAUGAUCGCAACCUACGUGUUUGGCCUCCUCGCAAUCUCGGGUCUGGUUUUGCCCGAUUGGGAGUUCUUUGACAGGGAUUUCUACCAAUGGCUUUCUCCAAUGCCUGCUCGCGACCCUUCCACUCCAGCGUAUAGGCCUGCAAGGUUUAGAAUCUAUCCCAUGAGACUAGUUUUAUUCACUACUGUCUAUGGCUUUGGUCUAUACAAGUGGUGGAACUUCAUAACAAACUAGGCGGGAGAUGAUGCGGUGCAGCUGGAAGAACCAAAAAUUGUAGCGCUAUCAGUCUACAGUACAUGUGGCAAUAUGAUCGGCAAAUCUGGUCUACCCAUGGCAACUCAGAGCAUGGAUGUUUGAUGUCUCAAAAACCAUAGUUAAUAGACAAUCCUAUCCAUCAGAUCUCUGGCCAUGAAAGCCACGGUGACAUUUUAUGGUAACACGUGCAGUAGGACAAUCUGUAGAAAAGGCAAUGGAUAGGAUUGUCUCGUGGGUGUUAUAUUUGAAACGAGGGCAGCAUAUGGGUGGACCCGAUUCGUUCAACACCCCGCCACGUGUCCUGUGGGGAGAUGGCCCGACCACAUUCCCGUUCUUUCGGAUCUACGGUGUGAUCUCCCUUUCAGAAUAGGGCAUGUUCCUUGUGGGCCCCGCAAUGAAUAGCUCAGAUCUCCCAUUUGCUCUCUGCCCAGGUGCAUCACCCGAACCAUUUUAUUGGUAAAUACAAGCAAUGUUCGCUGGUAAUUGUGGCCCCACUCUUAGUGAUUUCUGGCCGUCCAAAUGAAGUGGUAAAAGAUGCAAUUAACCGGCCCAGACACAUGCAAGGGAUCAAAAUGUAUCCUUGUUUCGAUUGAAAGAUGUUAUUGUUUUGAAUACUAUCUAAUAAUAUUCAUGGAAGAGAUUAUUGAGGAGCCAACCUGUGA